AUGCUUCUGUUGUGCAUUUAUGUUUUGCUGUGUCCGAAUGUUACGAAUAUCUGGAGACUCUUGGGUCAUGCGACGCGAAUGGGCUUAGAUGUGAUUGAGGUUCAUGGAUCUGGUAAAGCAAAUUUCGCCAAUACUGCCUCGCCGAUCUAUCCAGAGGAAGAGCAAAAUCAAACAAACAGCUCAUUACGCUAUUAUGGCGAGCUGCAACAGGGCGAGACUUUGCUUCUUGCAAAAUUGACUGCUGAUCAUCAAGAUCCACCCCUCGAUUCUUUACAAGAGAGUUCAGUCGGGAGGCAGAUUCUUCGUGCUGCUUGCGGUCUAUACCAGAUCUCUAACUCACCUGUAAAAGCGUCAUUAGCGUGUGUGCCUCGUUCCGUGUUUCCGAUGACCUGGACCUGCGCGCAUGGGAUUUUUAAUUCCAUGGAUGUGGUAUUGCAGGAUAGUUCAGAAGACAGUGCUACCUACGAGGAGGUGUCGGUUUGGAUGCAAAAGAGCGUUGAAAUGCUGAAGUUUGUAGAUGAUGGCAUGCAAUUGAGAACUGCUUGGCUUGUGGGCUACCUACAAACCAUAUUCCGCUCCAAGUAUUCAACAGCAUGA